CUUUGUUUUUGCUGCACUAAAGCGCUAUGACUCGAGGGCGCGCUGCCUUGCGCCUGGUGUGUGUGCACACCUCUGUUUCCAAGAGACUACUCGAUAGGGAUUUUACUGAUGAGGGGCUUCAAUUGAGCAGGGGGCGACAGAGUCGCUGCAUGGCUGUCGCCGACGAAGCUCAGCUCCGUGCAAUUGGCUAGGAUAUCAGUUCCGGACGCGGAGCUGACGCCUGCCUUGAGAGAGAAACCUACGUAUGGCCAAAUUUGUGUUCUUCUUCUUUGUUUUGCAGUAAAGCGCUAGUGUAUUGGUAAACAACUUUCUGAAACUUAUGCUCAUUCAUUUGAGCCAUGAGUCUAAGUGUGUGCUUUGUGGGUAUGUUUCGUGUUGCCUUGAUGUUGUUGCCUACUGUCGUGUCGGCCCACUGGCAGACACGGGGAGGGCGAGUGGGUCGCACGGUCACGCCUGGGCUUGGUCAAGCGCUGGGUCAUGCAGCAACCGAAGUCUUGAUAGGCCCAAUCCCAAGUGAGGGAUUGGCAAGUUUGGCUGCGAAGGUGUUCACAACCUCUGGCUUCGCCGUUGUCAUCACCCUUUUGCAUCGAUGAACAUGUUUCGAAGUGAGCAGCACAUUUCUUGUUGCAUGCCGGCAUACCACUUUCGGUUUUUUUCGGCGAAAUUGGUUUGGGGGUCCAGGCUUUUGUUGUUGCCAUGCUUGCGCAAACAAACCCAGCCAACCCGUACCGGGCUUUGGACACGCAAAUCGCGCAAAGGCUCUUCGAUGAGGACAAGGAGAGCCGGUGCAUUUUGGCGCAGUUCGGCCUACAAUGUCGUUUGCCAAAUUGGCACCCCGUGUUUUUUUGAACCAAUAUGUUCAGUGGGAAUCGCUUGUGCAGGUGGAGGACAUUUCUUCCCAAACGCCCUCAGUUGUUGUGCAGGUAAGCCAAGCCACACGGCGGAACAAUCGGGACCCACAGCUUUGGAACAACUUGUUGGACCAAGCGUUGGCGUCGCACGCAGAGCUGGCUCCGCAGGAUAUGGCUUCGAUUUUGUGGUCAAUGGGGAGCGCCCGCUUUCAUCACAAAGCAUUGGUGGAAGAAUUUGUUCGAACCUUGUCGCUCAGGGCUGGUGUUAAGUCAUUAGUGACGUCCAUGUUGGCACUUGAACGGCUGGGGCUUCCUACAGGCUCCUUGCGCGCUCCCUUUCUCCAGCACCUCAGCGGGCAAUGUCAUGAACUGAGUUUUGGAGAUCUACGCAGGGUUUUGAUGGCAUUGGCUCGCUGCCGGAAGCACGGGGCAGCUCCACAAGAGCAGUUUCAGGAGAUUUGUGAUGCGAUUCAUGAAAAAUCCGUCGACUGCGACCCUCGUGAUUUAAUUGCAAUCCCACAACAUUUGGGCAGGCUGCAAUUUGUGCACAGCCGCCUUCUUGCGUGUUCAACAACUGCGAUUUCGAGAGUGAUUUCCUCUCGCUUGGCAGUCCUUCCGCUGGAUGUUCUCCGAGCUUUAGAUGGAUUGCUACUAUUAGUUCCGCUCAUUGAAUCAGGUCACAACGAAGGUGUGACAAGUCGCAACCACUCUCUACAAUGCGCUCUAUUGGCCAAGAAAUGCGGUUUACUUGCACGCCGUUUGCUGCAGAAUGCUUCCUUGGUCGACUUGUGGAGCAUUGGUUCCCAGCUAUUGGGGUCUGACAUUGCCCAGGUUGAAGUGUGGAGUUUGUGGAUUUUGGAAGCUGCUCAGAGAAGAAAGGAACAGAGACCUGGAGAGAGUCGGUCUCACUGCUUGCGACAACUUCGCCGCCAAAUGGUCACAAGAUGGAGUUUGCAAUCUCUUCCUGAAGAUCUUGAGCUGGCUUUGCAGGUGCGCAUUCUAACUGGCCCCGAUUAGUUCUGGGAUCCACUUGAAAACGGCGCGCACAAAGAGGUGGAACCUGAACAGAGACUGUGAAGAUGGACCGUCGUUCAAAUCUUAUGCCUCCAGUGAGUUUUCAAUUGGAGUGCGCAAACUUCGAACCUCCUCAGUGGUUGGCACCAACAAGAUGGUGCAUGCCUCGGGAUAGAGAAUGAAAGAAGGCAGCUGUAGUCUGCUUGUUUUUGAAUUUCGCUCGUUUGAAUGUCGUGCUGUUCUGCAUCAGCAA